AACGCUCUACAAAUGGUGACUUCCCAUCUGGGUGCUUGCCGGAUGUCAUAUUAUCCUUGUUGUUUACCGAACGUUAAACAAGGAUGACAUCUGAGGAGCACCCGGGUGAUAUUUCUGAACGCAGUCUUUGGUUGCACGUGGAGUAAGAAGAAAGGGUAUAUUGAAUUGGAAGUUACAAGUGUGCAGGUUGUAAAUGAAGUUGUUAAGAUUUGAGAAGUUGCAAUUUGAUGUUUGAUAUACAAAUGAGUAUAGGAUAAAAUUGCAGCGUUUCAUUGAAAAUCUGGAUCGAAAACGAUCUAUAAGGAUCAAAUAAUAGAAACCCAUUGAAACCCAUAUAAAACGUUUUAAAAAUGGUAAGACAUAACAAUCAAUUACCAGAUAAUCUUCCACAAUUGCAGAAUCUUAUUAAACGAGAUCCGGAGUCUUACAAGGAAGAGUUUCUUCAGCAACAUCUGCAUUAUAAGUCUAUUCUAGAAAUUUUCCGUCUGGAGCCUACACAAUUUAACAAAAGUCUCGAUGAACUAGUAACCUUCUUGGCUCAGGUUGCUCAUUGUUAUCCAAAUGAUUUGAAAACAUAUCCUCAAGAAAUUAUCGAUAUAUUACAAACUCAUAACAUCAUACUAGACAAUGAAAUACGAAUGACAUUUUGUAAAGCGUUGAUUCAACUACGCAACAAAUCCCUCUUAGAACCUACUGCACUUCUCAGUUUAUUUUUUGAACUUUUAAGAUGUCAAGAUAAAAUCUUGAGACAAUUCCUCCAAACACAUGUUGUCACAGACAUUAAAAAUAUUAAUGCAAAGCAUAAAAAUGCCAAAGUUAAUACAGUGUUACAAAAUUUUAUGUUCUCUAUGUUAAAAGAUCCUAAUGUCAGAGCCGCGAAGAUGUCUGUGGAUAUUAUGAUAGAAUUGUACAAUAAAAAUGUUUGGAACGACGUCAAGACUGUUAAUGUUAUAGCAACAGGUUGCUUUUCGAAAAUAACAAAAGUAAUGGUUGCUAGUUUGAAAUUUUUUUUGGGAACUCGUUCGGAAGAAAAAGAAAGUGAUGACAGUGAUUCAGAUGAUGAGCUAAAUAUGAAGGAAAUUAUGAUGGCUAAUAAAGUAAACAAAAAAACGAAGAAACGUCAGAAGCAAUUAAAGAAAGCUAAACAAUCAUUCGUAAAAGCUAAAAAGAAGAAAUCUAAAGCGCCGCAGUAUAAUUUUUCAGCAUUGCAUCUAAUUCACGAUCCACAAGAUUUUGCUGAAAAAUUAUUCAAGCAGAUAGAAAAAAAUAAUGAUAGAUUUGAAGUAAAACUUAUGACUCUGGAUGUUGUGUCUAGACUUAUUGGCUUACACAGUUUAUUUCUCUUGAACUUUUAUCCGUAUAUACAAAGAUUUCUUCAGCCUCAUCAACGAGAGGUUACGAAACUUUUACAAUUUGUAGCUCAGGCUUCACAUGAAUUAGUACCACCUGAUAUGUUAGAACCCGUUUUGAAGACGUUGGCAAACAAUUUCAUAACGGAAAGAAAUUCUGCGGAUGUGAUGGCUAUCGGUUUAAAUACUGUACGCGAAAUAUGUACACGAUGUCCAUUGGCCAUGAAUGAGGAUCUACUUGAGGAUUUAACACGCUAUAAGCAUUAUAAGGAACGUUCCGUUAUGAUGGCAGCGCAUUCUUUAAUUGGAACAUUCAGGCGUAUAAUGCCUGAUUUAUUACGUAAAAAAGACAAAGGCCGUCCUACAGAAGCUAAUGUUAUGAUAAAGUCUUCCAAAUAUGGUGAAAUUCGAGCAAGCGAGUUUGUACCAGGAGCAGAAAUUUUAUACAAUCAACCUGCUAAAAAUACUGAAAAGACCAGUGAUAGCGACGAAGAAGACGAUGACGAGUGGAUUGAUGUAAGUGAAAACAAUGAGGAAAUCAGCGACGAGGAAAUCAGCGACGAGGAAAUCAGCGACGAGGAAAUCAGCGACGAGGAAAUCAGCGACGAGGAAAUCAGCGACGAGGAAAUCAGCGACGAGGAAAUCAGCGACGAGGAAAUCAGCGACGAGGAAAUCAGCGACGAGGAAAUCAGCGACGAGGAAAUCAGCGACGAGGAAAUCAGCGACGAGGAAAUCAGCGACGAGGAAAUCAGCGACGAGGAAAUCAGCGACGAGGAAAUCAGUGAGGAGGAAAUCAGCGACGAGGAAAUCAGUGAGGAGGAAAUCAGCGACAAGGAAAUCGAUGAGAACGAGUUGACUAGUGAAUCGAUGAAAUCUUCCAUUAGCGAAAAUAAGGAUGAUAAAACUUUGACGUUAUCACAUAGUGGGAACAAUAGUGCGCAGAGUACUUGUAAAGCGAAUAGCGGAGAACAAAAAACAAGUAAAAUUUUGCAAAAGAAAAACGCUUUAACAAAACAAGAAAAGAAGGCAGAAAAAUUAGAGAAGAAAGCAAAAUUUAAAUCUGAAAAAAAUGAAGAAUUAAUGGCUGAGAGAAAAACAAAGGCAUCUGUGAUAUCUACAGAAAGAUUACUCACGGAUAAGGAUUUCAGAAAAAUUGAUGUCGCAUUAGCAAAGCAAGACGUAACAUACAUUAAACGUAGCGUUAAGAGAACGCACGAUCAAAUAGAGACAGAUAAAGGUGGAGAAUUGGUAAAACUUAGCGAUAUAGAAAAUAUAUAUAAGAAACGCAAGCAUGAUAAGGCUGCCCGACAGAAAUCUGUUAAGAAGGGACAAGAAGAACGAGACAAAUUCGGUUUUAAGGAUCGGCGACAAAAUCCAUUAUGCAGUACUACAAAUCGUGAGAAGAGAAAAGGAAAAGCAUUUUCAAUGUUAAAGCAGAAAUUAAGAACAAAAGUAAAGCGAUCUUUUAGAGAGAAACAAAUAGCUCUUAAAAAUCAUCUGAUAAAGCAAAAAAGAAUGAAAUAAUUAGUAUUGUAAUUAAUUUUUACUCCACAUUUUUCUUAAUAA